AUGAAAAAACUUAAUAAUGAAACACAAAAAAUCAAAAUAACAGAUCGCCAAGGUCAUGAUGGGUUUCUUGUAUUUGCCAUGGAUCAGUCAUCAUUCAAUAAUCUAAUGAUAGGACAAUGGCCACAAACAAUUGAUAAUAUUCGAAUCAAUGUAAAACAACCUCGAAUAUUACCAUCUGAACAUUCACUUAUAAUUCAUUGCGUCUUCAAGAAAUGGGAUAUCACUGAAAUAAACAACAAAUUAAAAGAAAAAUAUCCAUAUUUUAGAAAAGCAACAAGAAUCAUCGACCAAAAUGGAACUCCAACGCAAAUGAUUAGAGCAGAUUUUAACACGUCAAAUUCAGUUCAACAAUUACUAAAAGAAGAAUAUAUAUCAAUAGGUCAAAGUAUACAUCAAAUUAGAUGCAACACCGUGCAUGAUUUAGAAAAACCAUGUACACGUCCAAUACAAUGUGAAAAUUGUUUACAAGUACAUUAUUCAGGACAUUCCUCAUGUCCUCAGAUUCAACAAAUACGUCAACAAUUAAAACAACAACAGAAUAUAAAUCGAAACAAAAUACGAAUUUACCAAACCUUCGAAAUGAAAUCCGAAAAUUUUCCACUUUUACCUUCUGCACACAAGUCAGUGAUAAACUCAUCAUCAAAAAAUAUAGGUAAUAAUCAGCAUCUAAAUUCACAAGCAAACAAUUAUCAUAUAAAACAACCAUCAACUUUAACCAAAAAUACCUCGAAAAAUAUAAACGAUAGUGUUGAACAGAUACUACUAGCACACACUGAACAAAUAGAAAAUGUUCUUGAUAACAAAUUCAAUACAAUCUUUAAACAAAUAACAAAAAUAGAUCAAAAUUGCAAAAAAAAAUCAAAUGAUAAUAAUAUAAAAGUCAUUAAUGUAAUUCAAAACAAACUUAUUCCCGCUGUUGCAACAUUAACUAGUAUUUUAAAUGCAAAUAUUUCAGACUUGACGAUGAAAAAUAUUUUAAGUACUCUUAUUCAUACACUUAAUCAAGAAUGA